AUCAUUCCGUAGGAUAAACUUUACUCCAAAACACCCACACUCAAAGAGCUAAGGAAAAGUGGCACAGUUUAUAUGAAAAGUUGAGCUAGAAGUUGGUCGCUACAAGUCAGCUACUCCUUAAAUAGGGAAAAAAUUGGAAAUUUGCUUAACAAAUUAGACAAUUGUGCUAUUUCUUAAAUUCACUGUGAUUCUUCUACUUGGCAGUCCGUCGCUCAGUUGUCUAUUGUCAAUUAAGCAGAUUAGCAGCACAUUCAACCCACAAUUAGAGCAGAAUCUCUGUCAGAAUCUCCAUAAUUCCAAGGCACCAUCAUAAAUUGUGUUUAAUGAGGGGCUGCCCACACUCCCGAUUUCCUUUGUGCCAUAUACAUACAUAAGUCCAAGUCCCUUGUUCAGCUGGAGAUGCUAGAAGUAUCAGAUCUAGUCACUAGAUCACUAUGAAACCAAUUGACGGACCCCUUAUCGAUGAACUGAAUCGCCUGAUCUUUCGUAGCCCCAGCUACAUAAAAAGUCGCAGCAAAAAACGCUAUGAGGAGGAUCCGGACAAUGCCUGGAACUGCUGCUCCUGGUGCGAGUACUUGCUGAUCGUCAUCCUGUCCACCAUCCUGCUGGUGGGCGUCCUGGUGCUGACCCUCUUCUGGGUGAUGUUCUACCGCGAUGGCUUCGCCUGGUCGGAGAGUCCCAAGCAGCAGUUCAACCUGCAUCCCAUCCUGAUGAUCGCCGGCUUCGUGACGCUAUCCGGAUUUUCCAUCUUAAUCUAUCGACUGUGCCGAUGCGUGAAGCACAUCUAUGUGAAACUGAUCCACAUGUUCUUCCAUGCCGUGGCCAUUCCGUGCAUCGCCCUCGGCUUCCUCUCCGUGUUCGACUCCCACGAGGCGUUGCAAAAGGUCAACUUCUAUAGCCUCCACUCGUGGCUGGGCUUCGUGACAAUGGGCAUGUUCGUGCUCCAGUUUGUGAUUGGCUUCUUCAGCUUUCUGGUGAUGUUGUGCUGUGAGAACAAGACCUAUAGCUGCCGCUCCGCCAUGGUGCCCAUCCACGCCAGCUUGGGCCUGGCCAACUUCUGGCUGGCCAUUGCCACAUCCGUCACGGGUCUGAUCGAGAAGGAGCGCGAAACCGUCAACGAGGCGGGCGUAAGCUCGGAGAACAAGCUCAUCGAGCACUAUAUCACCAGUGCCAUCGGGGUCACCCUGAUCUUCAUCGGCAUCAUCGUGACGUUUGCGGUGCGGCGGUCCAAUGCACCCGCCUCCGCAAAGGUUUACGUGACGGAGCGCAUUUAGACGGACCGCCCGGCUCGUCGGAGCCGCAGUCGCCGGAUUCGGUCCACGGCCAGGACGGGAAGCGAGUGGCAGCAGGUGUAUCCGAGGAUCGGGAGGGGCGUGACGGGGACGGAGCCCGGGCAUUUGGCCUUGGGGAGGCGAAUCCACGUGGCCCUUUCGGAAGGCUUUGCGCACAGAGACCACGCUUCAGCAUCUCUAUCCGAACCCUUUGUAACCUUUUAUAUGCCAAAUUAAAUCCUCUUCAUACACUUAGACUACUCCACAAAAACGUCGCUAAUCAAAAUCUUUACUCCCUUUUAACCCCUCCGUAGAUGUGUAGGAUUAGGAAUCUCAGAAAAGAGCCGACCAAGCAAGCAAAUCUAAUCAAAAUUAAAGUGUUCAGUCGAACUUACUGAUGCAUUCAGCAUUCAGCACUCACAAGCAUGAUUCGCCAGUUUUUUGGUACUAUACUACUAUAGUAGAAUUUUGAUAUAAGCCCAUGUAACUAGUGUAUGUAGCGUACCACGUAACGCAUUGAACGUAUGCACUCGGACUCAAAACUGUCGCAUUUGAUGUUUAUUUUGUAAUCGUGCAAGUAUUUGUAUUUCAUAAUGCGUAAGCUGUAAAACAAUUUUACAAACAAAUAAUAAACGAUACUUUUGGCCUGUCUCAAGGGUCUCAUAAUA